AUGUGCUGGAACAUAAAAACAGCAUACCGGAGUCAGGGAGAGCUAGGGUUGGUCGCCGCCGGCCGGACGGCGGGCGGCCCAGCCAGGGGAGGCCGCGCGGUGACCGGAGGAGCUCAGGGCAGCGACGGUUGGACGCCGGAGGCCGAGGGGAAGGUGGUGCUCCCGUCGGUGGGCGGCGGCGGAGCUUGGGAGCCGGGAGGAAUCGGCCUUGGCCCGCACGGGGUCUGGGCGGCUGCAGGGGAUCUGAGCGGCGGCCGGCAGCGUGCGGGGACGGCGGGGCGGCAAGCAGGAGGUUGCCGGAGGUCACCGGAGGGCGGCGAGGCCGAUGGGGGGCGACGGCGGAGCGCCAAGACCGAGGUCACCCAAGCUCGGCCUGGGCUGACGGCAGUGGCCGCAGGGAGCUCGCGGGGCUCCGGCAGGGCACGGGGAUGGCCGGAGUCGGCGGGGAAGAUGCCGAAAAUGGGUCUCAGCCAGGGGAUGUUGAAGCUCGGGUUUUGA